AUCUGGCAUGGAGAUGUGGGAAAGGGACUGCGGGGAGGGGAGAAUGCGGAGAAGGUGCGGGGAGGGGCUACAGGGAGAGUGGAUAUGGGGGAAGGGGUUUGAGGAGGAUCUAUGAAAUUCGGGGCAGGACACUGGGGAGCGGGACAGGAGGUCUGGUUUAGUGAGGGCGUGUGCCCUCAGCAGCACCCACCCUGGCGGCUCCCGACCCCCUCCCGUGCCCAUACCUCAUCCCGGGGAAGCAGGCACAGCCGCCUUCCCAGACACGUCCAGCACACUGGCAGAGCACAUGUUCCCAUACUGGUGAGGGCAGCGGGGACCCCACCAUCCCACGGGUGCCGCACGUCCCCCCACAACACCACACAGUGCCAGUGCCAGCGCCGGGCCUGGCCAGGUUCCCGCUCCGCUCGGAACAAUCCGGCCUUUGAGCGGAUCCAGUGCACGAGGCGCCCGCCUGUAGAAUGGGCCCAUUCUGGUGGCAGGUGCCGUGAGGGGCCGGGGGCUCCAGCUGGCCCCCAGCUUUCCUGGGGGGGUUGAAGCCCAGUUGGAUUUGGCACACAGUUGGAUUUGGGGACUCAAGUGUCACGGCAGUGCCAGGGCCGGGCAUCAGUCAUGGAAGGGGCUGAGUUGGGAUGGAAGGGCACUGGGACCAGGCCCCACCCGCGGGCACCCAUCCCGCCUUGGCACCGAGGCCCCGUGCCCGGUGGCAAUGGUGUCUAUGUCCCUGUCUGUGCCCCUCGGGCAGGAAUGGGGGUGCCCAUGGCUGGGGCUGGGACCCCUUCGGGUGCCCGUGUCCCCUGGGAAGGGACCCCACGGGUGACGCGGUGUCUGCGGGCUCCCAUCCGCCGUGCUCCGUGCACCCCGGGACAGGAUCAGGAGCGUCCCGGGACCGUCUCGGGACUGUGCCUGGACUGUACCGGGACCACGCCAGAAGCACGCCUUGUUCUGUACCGGAACACUACCGGGACCGUGCCGAGACAGUACCUGAACCAUCUCUGGGCCGUACCGGGACAGUACCUGGAUCACACCUGGACUGUACCGGAACCAUGCCUGGACCGGACCGGGACCGGGACCGGGACAGUACCGGACUAUGCCCCACGGUCACGCCCGGGCUCGGUGCGGUAUUGUCCCGCUCCCAUUCCCGGGAGUCCCCGUUCCCGGGGCCGGGCGGGGCGGCCGCUGUCCCCGCCCCGGGGCGCUCCCGCCGCUUCCUGCGGGCACGGCCGGGACGGGGCGGGACGGGACGGGUCGGGGCGGCGGCGGUAGCGGAGCGCGAGCCGCCCUGUGCCCCACUGGUGCCGGGGGAUGCCGGGAUGCCGGUGCCUGCGUGCCCGCAGCGCCCUGCCCUGAGCCCGGAGCCCGGCUGUGCCAUGGAGGAUCCGCCCGGCACCAGAACUGAGGCCUGGGCCGAGGGGCUCCAUAACGCCAACAACAACGCGUCCCCGGGGGGGUGGCCCGGUGCCCGCGGUGGGCACCCCCUGGCAGCUUUCGGGGGUCCCGGGGCCAAGCCCAGCUACCUGGACCGCGUGGUGCAGGAGAUCGUGGAGUCAGAGCGCACCUACGCCCGCGACCUGCGCAGCAUCGUGGAGGGUUACCUGGGCAAGAUCAUCGACGCAGAGGAGCCGGUGCUGCGACCGGAGCAGGUCAGCGCGCUCUUCGGGAACAUCGAGGACAUCUACGAGCUCAGCAGCACCCUCCUGCAGAAUCUGGAGAGCUGCGCCAAUGACCCCGUGGCUGUGGCCGUGUGCUUUGUCACCCGGAGCCAGGAAUUUGCCAUCUACACCCAGUACUGCAACAACUACCCCAGCUCGGUGGCAGCACUGACCGAGUGCAUGAGGAGCAAGGUCCAGGCACGGUUCCUGCGGGAAUGCCAGGAGCGGCUGCGCCACGCGCUGCCCCUCGGGGCCUACCUGCUUAAGCCUGUCCAGAGGAUCCUCAAGUACCACCUGCUGCUCCAGGAGAUCGCCAGGCACUUCGAGCACAAGGCGGGGGACGACUACGAGCUGGUGCUGGAGGCCAUCGACACCAUGACCUGUGUGGCCUGGUACAUCAAUGACAUGAAGCGCAAGCACGAGCACGCCAUCCGCCAGCAGGAGAUCCAGUCUCUGCUGCUGGGCUGGAAGGGGCCGGACCUGACGAGCUACGGGGAGCUGGUGCUGGAGGGCACAUUUCGGGCACAGCGGGUGCGCCACGACCGUGCCCUCUUCCUCUUCGACAAGGCCCUGCUCAUCACCAAGCGCCGUGGUGACCACUACGUCUACAAGAGCCACAUCCCGUGCUCCUCGCUGAUGCUGAUUGAGAGCACGCGGGACUCGCUGUGCUUCAGCCUGGCACACUACAAGCAUGGCAAGCAGCAGCACAGCCUGCAGGCCAAGAGCGUGGAGGAGAAGCGUGUGUGGACUCAUCACAUCAAGCGGCUCAUCCUGGAGAACCACCAUGCCACCAUCCCCCAAAAGGCUAAGGAAGCCAUCCUGGAGAUGGACCUGUUCUAUCCCCCACGCCUGCCCCGCUGCAGCCCUGAGCGCCUGAAGAAGAGCUGGUCCUGCCAGCCCCUGGGUGACGCUGCCACCGAGCCACUGCAGGGACGCCGGCAGUCUGAGCCCUUCCAGCACCAGGGUCACACGGAGACGCUGCUGGAGCGGCUGCAGGGACACGGGGGGCGCAGGCAGUCGGGUGUGGAGAGCAGACGGGAUCAGGGGGCUCGGGGUGCUGAUGAGUUGGGGGACAGGGGGGUGAUGCCACUAUCACCUCCCGUCCCCCCAGAGCCCACCAAGCACAACCUGUGGCACCUGGGCGAGCAAGGGCUGAAGAACACCGGCAGCGACGGGGAGCUCCUAGAAGUGGGGGAACCACACCAGCACCCCAGAGCAUGGGCAGCAGUUGAGGGCAUGGUGGCGGAGGAAGAGGAGGAGGAGGAACAGGAGGCUUUGGGCAAGGCCUGCCAGGAGGAGCUGUCAGGGUCCAGGGAGCCCAUGGAGGAGCAGGUACCUACACCAGCCCUUCAAACCCCGGGAGGGCUGGGGAACACCCAUGGGUGCUGGAGGGACCCAAGCGGCCGAGCAGCUGGGGGGCCAGGGAGCUGUGAGAAGGUCAGUGUGACCCCCCGGCCCCCACCAGGGAGUGCCCAGGGGCCCAGCACCCACACCCCUAACAGCAGUGCUGGGGAGCACCCCAAGGUCCCCAAAUCCCCAUCCCUGGUGGGGACCCUGGCGCUGCCCAGUGGGGACAGGGAACCGGAGCACGCUGCGGAGGAUUUGCAGGUGUUGAGCAGCGAGGAGGAAGAGGAGGAGGAGGAGGGGGAAGGAGCCGCCAGCAUCCUGCCACCCUCAGUGCUGGACCAGGCCAGCGUCAUCGCUGAGCGGUUUGGCGGCGGCAGCAGCUUGUCCCGAAGGAGCAGCCUGGCGCUGGAGGGGACCCUGGGACGCACCCCCAGCCAUGGUGGCAGCACCCUCAGCCUGGAUGGGGGCCCCCCGCUCGAAUCUGCGGAGCCCGGGGAGUCCCGCAGUGCCAUCCCCUCGCCCGAGCCCUUCAUCAGAGCCCGCCGGGAAUCGCUGCUCUCCAACCGGGACCGCCUGCUCCUCGACAAGAUCAAGAGCUACUAUGGCCAUGCCGAGCACCGUGACGCCGGCUUCGGGGUGCGCCGCCGCGAGAGCCUCUCCUUCAUCCCUAAGGGGCUGGUGCGGAGCUCCGUGUGCCGCCUCAAUGGGCUCCCACGGCCCCCCGAGAGCCCUGAGCCCCCCAGCCAGCCCGAGGCACCGGAGCUGUGCCAGGAGAACGGGGGCCAGUCCCCCGAGCCGCUGGUCAUCCUGGAGGAGGAUGAUGUGGGCGCCUCAGUGUCACCCCCAGGGCCACCCCCGCAGCUGCUGCUGACACCCCCUCAUCUGGGCACCAAGGUGUACCAGCUGGCACGGCAGUACAGCCUCCGCAUCAAGAGCCGCCGUGCCGGCACCCGCCGCCCCCCGCUGCCGCCGCAGGAGGACGGGGACCCCUCCCCCAGCACCCCUUCGCUGGCUGUGCCGCAGGACAAGGCACUGGUGGCAUCUCCGUCCCCUCGUGCCCCUCGCAGCCCCUCGAGCCCCGUGGGCGCUGAA